AUGGAUGCUGAGAAUCAGACGCAGAUCAGAGAGUUUAAACUCUUGGGAUUUCCCAGCCAUCCAAGCUAUCAGAUCACCCUCUCCCUCUUGUUCCUGGCCACCUACGUGGUGACUGUCAUGGGCAAUCUCACUAUCCUAACCCUGGUCAUCCGGGAUUCCCGUCUCCACAGCCCCAUGUACUUCUUCCUCAGCCAUCUCUCCUUCUUAGAUAUUUGCCUGUCCUCCACUGUGGUUCCCAAGAUCUUGGUGAACGUUGUGCGCCAGAGACACACCAUCUCCUACAAUGGGUGCCUGGCGCAGGUCUUCUUCCUGAUCGGCUUUGCUGGAACUGAACCUGCCCUGCUGGCCAUCAUGGCCUACGACCGCUAUGCUGCCAUUUGCCGGCCUUUGCACUACACCCACCUCAUGAGUAGAAGGCUAUGUAACCAAUGCACUGCAGCCAUUUGGUUCUGGGGUUUCCUGGACGCAGCAGUUCAUGCGGCUGUCGCCUCCAAGCUGUCGUUCUGUGGGGUCAGCCAGAUUCCCCACAUCUACUGUGAUGUCCCACCACUAAUAGAAAUUGCUUGCAGUGACACACAUGUUAACGAAGUGAUUAAUCACAUCACAAGCACUUUUGUGGCCCUGGUGCCCUUCCUCUUCAUCUUCAUUUCCUAUCUCUACAUCCUGGCCUCCAUCCUGCACAUCCGUUCCAGCACCGGCCGGCGCAAGGCUUUCUCCACCUGUGGGUCCCACAUCACCGUGGUCACCCUCUACAUUGGAAAUGCGCUUCUGAAUUACAACCGCCCCAUCGCUGGCUACUCUUUGGAGGUCGACACUCUGGUCUCCACCAUGUUCUGCAUCGUCACCCCCAUGCUGAACCCCCUCAUCUACAGCCUGCGCAACCAGGAAGUCCGGGAAGCCCUGAGGAAGGUUCUGCAUCACCAGAGGAUACGUUAA